GACCUGCAUUUGAUCUGUAUUGUAGACGGUAUGGAGUCACCGCUGCUAGUGUCUGUGACAGGGGAAGUACAACCCCUUAUAGUUGAGCUCAAUUGGCUAGAGAACAGAAACGACACUGAACAACGCACUUUUGUCUGGAAAUCUAUUGGAGAGCAUUCGACAUCCCCAAGACUCAGUGAAGAUUCAAGUUGUCAAAUUCCUGAAGCAUUGACGAAUUCUACUUUUGAUUAUCGCAUAGGAAAUUUGGAAAUUAAUAAUGUACUUAAUAUUGACAAAUUUGAAGACGAUUCAAAUUCAGCUAUUAAUGCAUAUUGUUAUAAACUUCCAAGCUUCAAUAUGAAGAAUAAAUUUUAUUCUAUCAAGAAAAUUGUGAUUGAACUGGAUUCUUGUCAGAUUGCUAAAAAGGUUGUAAUACAAAUGGAAAACCGUACAGAUGCCAGUGUGUCCUACAGCACCGACAUUUUGAAUUUUCAUCCAAAUGAAGAGCCAAUAUCAAAACAAAAUGUCCCUGAUGAGCAUGACUAUAAAAGAUGGAAAUCUAUGAUACAACCAGACAUGGGAGUUGUGGUCUGUGUUCAAAACCCUUCUGGAAAAUUAACGAACAAUGAUGGAGCAACAGAGCUGUCCAUCUGGGCUUUCGCAACAUCUUGGGGCGUUUACCGCGAUGUGUUGACAAUAGAGGGGGAUGGGCAGUUACCUCCUGUCUCUUUUCAACUGGAAAUAAUUUGCACAUCGAAUCCGAUAAGUUUUCCAGCGUUCUGUAAGCCAGUUCUAAGGUAA